CGCGCCCCCAUCCGCCGCGAUCCGCCAGUGCUGUGUGCUGAGUGCUUGGCCGCCCGCGCCUUCCUCCCUGAGCACCUUGCCCCGAGCGCGGGUGCACAUGCAUGUCGCGCGCGAUGCAGCCGCCCGGCAAGCGCGCGGGCGCUGCUGCGCCCGCCGCGGCGGCAGGCCCGGCCCACGCGCAGGCUCAGGCUCAGGCCGCGGAGGAGGCGCCGCCCGGGGGCCCCGGGGCGCCGUGCGGCGCGUGCAAGUUCCUGCGGCGGCGGUGCGUGCCGGGGUGCGUCUUCGCGCCGCACUUCGGGGGCGGCGGCGUGAGGGAGCACGGGGCCGGGGCCGGCGCCGGCGCGGCGCAGUUCGCGGCCGUGCACAAGGUGUUCGGCGCCAGCAACGUGGCCAAGAUGCUGUCGCGGGUGCCCGUGGCGCUGCGCCGGGACGCGGCCAGCACCGUCUGCUACGAGGCGCAGGCGCGCAUCGCCGACCCCGUCUACGGCUGCGUCGGCACCAUCCUCGCCCUCCAGCACCAGGUAGCCCUCGUCCAAGCCGAGCUUUCCAUGGCGCAAACCGAGCUCCUCAACCGGAGGCUGGCCCUGGCAACGGUGAAUCCUGCGUACUCUGCCGCGUCGCCGACGAGCCAAAUGGUGAACUGCAUAGAGGUCGAGCCAGCGGGGAGGGGCUUGCCGCCGCCUUUCCUGCUGCCAUCGCAGCAGCCGCAGCGGGGAGGGGAACAGGACGGCGGCGGGAGUCCAACCACCGUGGACGUUUUCUCGCAUAACGUCUUGGGGAAAUAGAAAUUCUUGUAACCGCAACUUAUUAUUUUUCAUGUGUAUUUAGAUUUUUGUUUUGUAUGCAUCCAACUCAUAAGAAUAUUGUUGUUGAAAUGCAACCGACUAUAGUCGAGUUAUCUUUGCAAAUUGACCAUUAUGUCCCUACCAGUGAGCAAUAACAACCACGUCCGCAAUUUCAUCAA